UUGAUUGGUCAAUAUGGUUCACAUUUCAAAACCCAAUAAAUAUUGAAGAAUAUCUAUAGUCCUUAUUACACAUACAUACAUACACACUGCAAACUAACAUAAUAAUGACUCACUGCCACGACGAACAUUGUGACCAUGACCAUGGAGAUCUCCCUGAUGCAGGAGAUCAGUUUAACCUUUAUUCGCGUAUUGAUCACGACAAUGUUUGCUGUUUAAAUGAAUCAGAGCCAAAUAGUGGAAAGAAGAUUAUUAAACCAUGGAAUGAACGCAUGGACAAUACAAAUUGGUUAGAAAGUGAUGCAGACGAAGAAUUGAUUGUUCAUGUCCCAUUUACAGGCACUGUUAAAUUGCGUUCGAUUUGUCUACGGACUGAUCCAGGAGAGUCGGCACCAGCAACACUAAAGGUAUUCAUCAACCGCGAUGGUAUGGAUUUCGAUGCCGCUCAGAGUUAUACACCCACUCAGACAUGGGAGCUUGUUCAAGGACACAAUGAUGUAUUGGAGUAUUCUACUCGCAUCACUAAAUUCACAAACGUACGUACCUUGACAUUGUUCUUCCCUGACAACUUUGGCGGUGACACGAGCAUCGUACGGUUCCUUGGGUUCAAGGGCGAAUGGACAGAGUUGAAGAGAGACCCAAUUAUUACAGUGUACGAAGCUAACGCCAACCCAGCUGACCACAAGAAUCCAGCCGGUGAAAAUAAAAUGGACUAUUCAAUCCAAUAACCAGGGAAAUCCCAAUAUUUUCUUCUUAUUCUUUAUAAUUCUUCUAAAAAAGGAAUAUUUUUUCCUUAGGCUGUAAAAAAAACAAAGCCAAACCAAAUACAUACAUACACACCCACACAUAUAUGCAAUUCAAUUCAAUUCAAUUCAAUUUAACUCAAUUCUUCUGCUGUUUUGUUAUCAUGGAAAUAUUUGUAUAUUUUAUAUAUGUAUAUAUAUUAGAAAAUUAAGAAAAAAAGAAUAUUUCAGUACAACCUCUUAUUGGAAGAGUAUUUUGGAUGUGUUGGGUAAAGGUGUAUAGAGGAGGAUUUAAAGAUUAUUAAAUUAUUAUUAUUAUUAUUUUUAAAAAAAGUGAAUAAAUGAAAGAGAGAACGAAACGAUGAUUGGAUAAUGUACAUAAACUUUUUUCCAAUUCCAAUUCCAAUUCCAAUUCCAAUUCCCUAUAUUUUUUUUAGAGAAGGGCAACAGCUGCAACGGCUGCCAUGGCCAAAGCAACAGCAGAAACGGUCUUCUGAGAAGCACCAGAGUCAGCAGGAGUAGAGGAAGCAGCAGUACUGGCCUUGGAUACAGAGGGAGCAACCGAGCUAAUAGCAGCAGAAACCGAGGCAGAUGGAGCAACGGAGGAAGCGGAGGCAGCAGGAGCGACGGAAUCAACAGAGGAAACGGGAACGGGAGCGGACUCAGCGGCGCUGGACGACUCAGCAACAGGCUCAACGGUAGCUGAAGCAGCGCUUUCAGCAGCGGUGUCGCUCACGGAGGCAGUGGCAUCAGCGGCGUCAGUUGCGGUAGGAGUGGCAUCGACGGGGGAUUCAGUGGCAUCAGCAUCAGUACCGGCACUGGAGGUUGGGGUGACAGCGCCAUCGACGGCAGAGGUUGUUUCGGCACCAGGAGCAGGAGCAACAACGCUGGGAGUGGCACAGGGCUCCUCCAUACAGACACAGUAGGCCUUACCACUGUCGAGGUUGUCACACAAGUGGUCACCGGCGUGGUGGAGUCCGGGGUUCAUUUCAUAGAAAGCAUCAGGAGUCAAACCGUGGGCAAUAGCAACAGAGUCACAGUCAUCAGCAUCAGUGAUGGUAUAGGUGGCAAUGCAUCCCUCGGCAGGGCCGUUGGCAGCAGCAGCUUGGGCGGCAAAAAGGGCGGCAACAGUCAAGAGAGUGUACUUCAUUUUGUUUUUGGGAUUUAAUAAACAAAAAAAAACAAU